AUGACUUGUUGUUACGAUAACUCGCACGAUACUGGUUAUACUUUUCAAAACUCUGAUACUAGUAUUCAAUCUCAUUAUAACGAUGAAGUUGAUAAUAAUCAAGAGAAUGGUAAAACCUACAGGCCUUUACCUUCUCACUGUACUGAACUUCCAACUCAUCCUAAACGUAUCUUUGAAGAUUUUGUUCCGUUACCCGAACUUGUACUUUUUAUCCAAAAAGUUACCACCAAAGCUCGAAUCGAU